AAUACGUGAAAUAUCUGAGUGUAGGACCACAUUUUUGCAGUAAACUGGUUAGUGUCCUUGAUAAAACACCCAAAAGUGCAUUAUAGCUAGAUCCCAAUGAUUCAGACAAGCUCUACUUUUGAGAAAUGGUUGAAAAUAAGCACCUCCACCGAAAGAAAUUUUCAACUAUUAACAAGUUUGAGAAAACAAGAAAACUGUUUCACAUCAACUUUUCAUGUGCUAAUCUCUCUUCCAAUUUCCAGGUCUUGAUACAAUCAUACAAUGCUGCUUGCUACAAUCUCAUGGCUAAUCCUAAACAUCUUGCUCUUGCUCUCCGGUAUUGAACCUAUCUAUGCCACUCCUCCCGACGUCUCGCUAACCAAAUCUACAUGUCAUGAUGCAUGUGGUACAAUACCUGUAAGAUUUCCCUUUGGUACAGGCUUUGGCUGUGGCCAUCCUGAUUUUGGCAGAACAAUCAAAUGUAGUAGCUCCGGAGCACUGCAGUUCUCAACUAGCACUGGCGUUUAUACGAUAUCCUCAAUAGACUACUCAGCCAACAUUCUUAUACUUCAAGACCCUUUCAUGUCAACUUGUGCUUCAAUGCAGAACUCUGGAAGCUUUCAUCUGGACAGCAUGACACCAUUCAAAUACGUGGAGGAAGAUACAUUCGUUCUGCUAGGAUGCUCUACGACGUCUCCUUUGUUUGAUGCAAAUGAGGAUCUAUGUGACACGGGGUCUGGUUUGCAUAUAUGCAGAGGAUUGUAUUCUUGCAAAGGAGUGACAGGCAUUGGAUUAGAACCAAAUGCGCCAAUCUCUACUUGUUGUGUGUAUGAUCCCCCGUUUGCUGUUGGUACCAGUGCUGUCAGUAAUGGUUUAGAUCUUCCUAAGCUGCAAUGCUCAUCAUAUGCAUCCAUAUUCGGGUUUGGGGGAGAUGAAGGGAAUCCGAUGAAAUGGCAAUAUGGGAUUUCACUGCAGUACAAUGACUCGUACUACUCUGAUGAAACAUGCAAGAAUUGUGUCACAAGUGGGGGUACGUGUGGCUUUUCUGCUAUAGAUCAGUCGUUUGCUUGCAUUUGUCGAAAUGGCAUCAACACAACUUCCAAUUGUUUUGGCCGAGGGCACGCUUGGAGCGGGGGCUGGAGACUUAAAAGCCAGAUCAUGAUAAGUGUAGGAGGAAUCUUGAUUUCGGUGAUGCUGUGUUUUCCUUGAAAGCGGGCAAAUGCAGAAAGUACUACGCAGGUUCCAGAUACUAUUGAGUUGGGAGGAUUUAUUUCAAGUUGUUCGUUAUUUUUCACUUAAGCUUGCUCAUUGAAAUCGUUGAUACGGAUUUCACACCAAACUGGUCACCGGUUUCACUCAAAUAUCUCAAAUAAGUCACCCAUUUUAAAGAAUAUAUUAUUUAAAAUAUUUAAUCGAGCAUAUCACUCCAUAAGAGUAAGAUGAUAUCAACCAUCUAUAGAGAAAAUGUUAAAUAUUUGAGAAGUUUUUCAGUUA